GCAAACUCCUGUACAGACUUGUUUGUCAGGACUCUGUUGAGGAGUGCUGUCCGUGUGUUUUAACAUUUAAUCUUUCAGAGGUCAGAACAUGGACCAUAAUGAGGAGGAAGCCUCGGACUACGGAGAGCAGCUGCAGUUCAUCUUUCCAACAGCCCAGACAACUGACUUUCAAUGCCUUUUGGAAACUGAACUGUCCAGAACAAAACACCACAGUCAGAUUGAUGAGUGGUCGUUGCCUGGCAACGAGUCACUAAAAAAGGAAUCGUCCAUGAAUUUACCUCCAGAAUUUAGUACUAAUCCUGAAUCCAGUGCAGGGUCAGUGAAGAGUGACUGGUCUAAAGAUGAGCCAGCAUACCUUGGUAUUGAAUCUGGACAUAGACCUCAGCAGCCCACAGCAGAGUCAGAGAAGAGUGACUGGUCCAUUGAAGAACCCCCAAACUUCAGUACUGAACCUCAGCUCAGACCAAAGAUUGACUGGUCUCCAUACUUUGCUGACAAACCAAGACCCAUGCCUAGGCUCAAAGCAGAGUCAGCAAAGGGUGACUGUUCCAGAGAUUCUCCAUUCUUAAAAGCUGAGGCAGGAUGCCUGGACAUGAGGUCCAUUGAAGAACCCCCAAACUUCAGUACUGAACCUCAGCCCCGACCAAAGAUGGACUGGUCCAAGGAUGAAUCUGGAUUGGACUCUGUGGAGCAAGAGAUGUCCAAGUGUGGUUCAUGUCAGAAACUCCAGGGGGCUCUGUACCGUGACCAGCCUGGAGACCCCACCUGUUCUCAGGGGGGACAGAGAUCAGAAGCAAACAGAUCAAUGAACCAAUCAGCCGUGAAUGCACAGAUGUAUGUAAAUCUACAAGACGUGCUGGAAGAACAUAAGACUGACCUGAGAAGAAGAUGUGAACACAUAACUGAAGGAACUGACUGUACAGAAAGUAAAAUCCUACUGGAAAGGAUCGUCACUGAGCUUUACAUCACAGAGGGACUUGAUGAAGAGGUCAAUACCCAACAUGAGGUGAGGCAGCUUGAGACAGGUUCCAAAACCAGAACCAUCUCUGACACUCCCAUCAAGUGCUGUGACAUCUUUAAACCACGACCUGACCAGCAGGGACCCAUCAGAGUCGUUCUGACCAAUGGUGUUGCUGGUAUUGGAAAAACCUUCUCGGUUCAGAAGUUUACUCUAGACUGGGCUGAGGGUUUAGAAAACCAGGAUGUGGGUCUGGUGGUUGCCCUUUCCUUUAGGGAACUGAACCUGAUCAGAGAUCAGCAGUACAGUCUUCUCAAACUGCUACACGUUUUCCAUCCAACAUUACAGAAGAUCACACCAGAGAAGCUCAAAGACUGUAAACUUCUGUUCAUCUUUGAUGGUCUGGAUGAAAGCAGACUCUCUCUGGACUUCAGGAGCACAGAGAUUGUGAAUGACGUCACACAGAUGUCAUCAGUAAACGUGCUGCUGACAAACCUCAUCCAGGGGAAUCUGCUUCCCUCAUCCCUCAUCUGGAUAACUUCCAGACCAGCAGCAGCCAAUCAGAUCCCUCCUACAUGUUUGGACAGGGUUACAGAAGUGCGUGGCUUCACCGAUACCCAGAUAGACGAGUACUUCAGGAAGAGGUUUAGAGAUGAGGAGCUGUCCAACAGAGUCAUCUCACACAUCAAAGCUUCCCCAAUGCUUCACAUCAUGUGUAGAAUUCCAGUCUUCUGCUGGAUCAGUGCCACAGUUCAGGAGCACAUGUUGACCACAGACAAGAGAGAAGAGCUGCCCAAGACUCUGACUGACCUGUACUCACACUUCCUGUUGGAUCAGAUGAGGAGGAAAAGUAUAAAGUAUCAUGAGGGAAGUAAGACACAGGAGCUCAAUGACACUUACAGAGAUGUUCUCCUAAAGCUGGGGAAGCUGGCAUUUGAACACUUGGAGAAAGGAAAUAUAAUGUUCUAUCAAGAAGACCUGGAGCAGUGUGGUCUGGAUGUCACAGAUGCCUUGGUUUGCUCUGGAGUUUGCACUGAGAUUUUCAUGAGCGAGAGUGUGAUCCUCCAGAAAUCCAUCUACUGUUUUGUUCAUUUGAGUGUGCAGGAGUUUUUGGCUGCUGUCUACAUGUUUCAUUGCUUCAUCAACAGGAAGACAGAUGUACUGCAGGGUUUCUUAAAAGAAGAAUACAAAUCUGAGUCACUUUUACCCUACCCAUCCAUGUUUGAAACGCUCUUUGGGUAUUUCACAACUACGGCCGAUGCUGAUUUACUGUUGACCAUUUUUCUGACAACAGCCAUGAAGAAAAACCUUAAAAGUGACGGCAGUCACUUAGACCUGUUUGUUCGCUUUCUUCACGGCCUUUGUCUUGAGUCCAAUCAGAGACUUUUGAAAGACCUCAUAGGUCAAACAGAGACCUGUCCAGAAAACAUCCAGAGAAUCAUCAAGAAUCUAAAGGAGAUGAACGUGGAUGAUAUUUCUCCCAGCAGAAGCAUCAACGUCUUUCACUGUCUCACAGAGAUAAAGGACCAAUCAGUGCAUCAGGAGAUUCAACAGUUUUUAAAGUUGGAGAACAGAACACUACAGAAACUCUCUGGGAUCCACUGUUCAGCUCUGGCCUACAUGCUACAAAUGUCAGAAACGGUUGUGGAGGAGUUGGACCUGGAGAAGUACAACACAUCAGUGGAGGGACGAUGGAGACUGAUCUCAGCUGUGAGGAACUGCAAGAAGGCCCGACUUACUGGCUGUCGACUUUCAGAGACUCAUUGUGAAGUCAUUGCCUCAGCUCUGAAGUCCAGAACUUCCCCUUUAAAAGAGCUGGACCUCAGUGGAAAUUACUUGGAGGACAAACAUGUACGGAUCUUAAGUAGCGGCCUGGAAAGUCCACACUGUGGACUGGAGAGUUUAAGGUUAAUAGAGUGCAGUUUGACAAUGUUUAGUUUUGCCCCCUUGGUCUUAGCCCUGGGGUCUCACCCAUCCCACUUGAGAUUACUGAACCUGAGAGGAAACCAGCUGCAAGACUCAGGAGUGGAGAACCUGUGUCAUUUUCUAAAGAGUCCACACUGUCAACUACAGAAACUCAGCCUGAGCUCCUGUACUUUGACAGAUCAGAGUUGUUCUGCUCUGGUCUCAGCUCUAAAGUCCAACCCGUCCCACCUGAGACACCUGAACCUCAGUUGGAACCACCUACAAGACUCAGGAGUGAAAAUAUUGUGUGGUUUUCUGGAGAGACCUGAUUGCCAAUUAGAGACCCUGAAGUUGCAGUCUUGUACACUGUCAGGCGUCAGCUGCUUUUAUCUGAACUCCGCUCUGAACUCCAACCCAUCCCACCUGAAAAGGAUGGACCUCAGCUGGAACCAGCUUCAGGACUCGGGGGUUGAGACGCUCUGUGUCUUUUUACAGAAUCCACACCAUCAACUUGAGAAUCUGAGAUUGAGGUUCUGCGGGUUAUCAGAGAUGAGCUGCCACCUUUUGGCUGCAGUAUUAAAGUCCAACCCCGCCACCAUGACAAACCUGGAUUUGAGCCACAAUGCCAUACAGUACACAAGCCUUGAACAGCUGAGUACUCUGAUUGAACAAUUACAAUUUCAAGGAGGAAGACUUUAAGCCAAGUGAGGAACUGGAAGAGGAAAACAUUCAUAGAUCCUGUUUGGAUCAGAGCUCCAUCACCCCUGUGUAAAUUGUGCAAUUAAAAAAAAACUGAAUUCA